GGGGUCGUACAGCUGAAUCAAGCCGAGCUAUGUAGAAAUGAUGCAUUGAUAUUUCACAAUUUGAACUUGACUAACACGGUGGCGGCGCUGCAGACGCCAGCUUCAAAAACAUCGCGUGGGUACAGUAUAUGGAAUCACGACGUUCAGUGCGCCGAGAUGAAUUCUCCGGCUAGUAUGGCAUUUCGCAGAUUGCGAAAUUUUGAACGUAUUCAGACGAGACACUUUACAAGUAAAAAAGAAGCCAGAAAAACCUGUUUGUACGACUUGCACGUAGAAAAUAAUGGAAAAAUUGUGGAUUUUGCGGGAUGGCUUUUACCGUUACAGUACCGCGAUUCGAUUGCAGCCUCACACCAGCACACCCGAUCGCACGCGUCGAUUUUCGACGUUGGGCACAUGAUGCAAACCCACGUCUACGGCAAAGACAGCGGCGAGUUUCUGGAAUCUCUCACGACUAUCGACUUGAAAGCAUUACCCGAGGGUGGCGCUGGACUGACGGUAUUUACCAACGACAAAGGUGGCAUCAAAGACGAUUUAAUUAUCACCAAAGAUAAGGACGACCGAUAUUUCGUCGUAUCUAAUGCUGGUAGAAGAGACGAGGACACGGAAACACUCUUGACAAAACUGAAAAGUAUGACAGAAAAGGGCAAGGACGUAAAAGUUGACUUUUUAGAUCCCCUCGAACAAGGCUUGAUCGCUCUCCAAGGUCCGAGUGCGUCCGCAGCCCUUCAAGAUUUAGUCAAAAUCGAUCUAUCAAAACUUAUGUUCAUGAAUAGUGUGCAAGCUAAAAUCGAUGAAGUUGAUGUUCGAAUAUCGAGGUGUGGAUACACUGGCGAGGAUGGUUUUGAAAUAUCCAUACCUGGCAAAAGUGCUAAAAAAUUGACUGAAAUAAUAAUGGAAAAAAAGGACGUCAAACUCGCCGGGUUAGGCGCUAGAGAUAGUUUGAGAUUAGAAGCUGGACUUUGUUUGUACGGUCAUGAUAUUGACGAAGAUACGACACCCGUUGAAGCCACAUUACUUUGGCUAGUCGCCAAGCGUCGUCGUGCCGAAGCCAACUUUCCGGGUGCUCAACGAAUUCUUGAACAGAUAAAAAAUGGUGCUCCCAGAAAACGUAUCGGCUUGACUCUAGCUAAUGGCCCACCUGCUCGUGAAAAUGCUAUAAUUCGUACGGAAGGAGGCGAAGAAGUUGGCCGCGUAACUUCGGGUGGGCCUAGUCCCAGCUUAGGCAAACCCAUUGCAAUGGGAUAUGUGCCUACAAAUCUUGCCAAAGCCGGUACUAAUAUUCUGGUGGAGAUUAGAGGUAAAACUUACAAGGCUAGUGUGACAAAGAUGCCGUUCAUCAAAUCAAAUUAUUAUACUGGAAAAUAGAUGAAAUUGAGGUGUCAAGUUAUGUGACUAUUUUUUACUUAUGAUGUACGAUUUAUAAGUUGUUAUAAAUAAAUAUUUUUUCUUACAA